AUGACUGAAGCUCAACAAUAUCUUUUCCCCAUAUCAGCACGUGCACCACAAUGCCCCACUCUCCCCCCUCCUCUCAAUGGAAGAGUGUCUGCUAGCGGAGGUACAGCUACCUACACCUGUUCCACUGGCUACACUCUGAGUGGCUCCUCUACACGUACCUGUCAGACCAAUGGAGCGUGGAGUGGAACUGCACCAACAUGCGGUGGACUACAAUGCCCUGAACUACCUCAACCAUCUGGUGGAACUGUGACGAUAUUUUCACGAGCCCUUGGAGGCAUAGCCUUCUACAGAUGUAACACUGGUAAUAAUCUGAUUGGCUCCUCUUUUAUUACCUGUCAGAACGGCGGAACUUGGAGUGAAAAUGCUCCAACUUGUCAAGGUGCCAUGGUUACUGGGUUCAUGCUAAGAGGAGAACCCUUUACUAAUGGCAGUAGUGUCUCCCUCAAAGAUAUCGGUGAAACUGCUGAAGCUCUCAUCUUCCCAACAGAAAUUAAGGAUUGCUGCAGAAUGCAAAGGAUCGGACAAUGUUACGAUCCCAACGGUGUCCAAUUAAGUAGUAAAGGAGCCAAUGAAAUGUAUCGCAACCGUGAUUCUCAAAUGGUUCAACUCAAUAAGGUUGAUGUAUUCACUGGUGAAGCUGCAAUCCCUGGACUGUACUGUUGUACUGUGCCCAACAACGAUGGUAACCUUCACCGAAUAUGUGCAAACAUUACAGUUUGAUUUUCCAAAACUGACUAUUUAUCACUGUAACUGAACAUUCACUCUCUCCCUUUAUAAUUAGCAGCACAAUUAAUUUAAUUAUAUCAUCCAUUGACUUAAGUUUGUUCUCCUUUUAACAUGUAACACAUUAUACGUAUUAUACAUGUGCAUCAAAUUGCAACAAUUUUCAAUACAAUAAUUUUAAUUCAAUUUC